UAUCCCUGCAGCCGUUUGGCACUGCCCCUAAUCUCCAAGUUCCACCCCUCAGACCCCUUCUGCAACCCUUGGUAUCAGUUUCCCAGCCCCCCAAACUCCUGACUCCAUUUGGCUCCUGGUGACUCCCCCAGACCUGUACUGUUCCUAGCCUCUGUAUCAUCCCAGCACUCCUGUAUGAUCUCCGCUACCACACCCACCCCCAGCGCCCCUGUAUAACAUACGCCGUACCUCCGGAGCCUACUGGCGUGGCGCCCGGAAGUGAACCAGAUCUUCAGUACUCUUAGACCCUCCACACCGCUCCCACACUUGGCCGUCUAGCAGCCCUGUAUGAAGCCCCGAGUACUGCCCCCAGAAUCCCCCAUACCUGGUUCUGCCCCCUGGGUCCCAGGCAGCAGGGGCCGGACUAGUAGAGGAGAGGCAGUUGAGGGCAUCAGUGGUGGCGUUCUGAGCUGGGGCUCGGACUGCGACCCAGCCCUCCCCGGCCCCCACGGUGCCGCCACCUUCUGUGACCUGUGUAAAGAUGAGAAUGAAGAUUUAAGGAAACUUGCAGAGAGUGAAAUAACUUUAUAUCAGAAAGAAAUAACCCAGUUAAAGCACCAGAUUAUCUUACUUUUGGUUACCUCAGAAGAAACUGAUGAAAAGGAUUUGAUCCUGGAGGUAACUGCAGGAGUUGGGGGUCAGGAGGCAAUGUUGUUUACUGCCGAGAUAUUUGAUAUGUAUCAGCAAUAUGCUGCAUUUAAAAGAUGGCAUUUUGAAACCCUGGAAUAUUUUACAAGUGAAAUAGGUGGCCUUAGACAUGCUUCUGCCAGCAUUGGGGGUUCAGAAGCCUAUAAACGUAUGAAAUUUGAAGGAGGAGUACAUAGAGUACAAAGAGUGCCCAAGACCGAGAAGCAGGGCCGCAUCCAUACUAGCACGAUGACGGUGGCAAUAUUACCCCAACCUACUGAGAUUAAUCUGGUGAUUAACCCUAAAGAUCUGAGAAUUGAUACAAAGCGAGCCAGUGGAGCUGGGGGUCAGCAUGUAAAUACCACAGACAGUGCUGUCCGGAUAGUUCACCUUCCAACGGGUGUUGUUUCUGAAUGCCAACAAGAGAGAUCUCAACUUAAAAAUAGAGAGACUGCUAUGAAAAAGUUACGUGCAAAGCUUUACAGUAUGCAUCUAGAGGAAGAAACAAGUAAAAGAUACAAUGCAAGAAUGAUUCAGGUUGGAACUAAAGGAAGAUCAGAGAAAAUAAGAACAUACAAUUUUCCACAGAACCGGAUCACAGAUCACAGAAUAAACAAAUCACUGCAUGAUCUUGAAACUUUUAUGCAAGGAGAUUAUCUACUGGAUGAACUUAUACAAUCAUUGAAAGACUAUGCUGAUUAUGAAUCUUUAGUAGAAAUUAUUUCCAAAAAAGCUUAAGGUGAUCUGUUAUUAAAACCUUUUAUAUAACA